ACUGAGGAACAUAGUGGAGGCCUACCUGCAGAGAGAGGAGAAGGAGGGGAAUGAGGGGAGAGCAGUGUGUCUUGUGCGGUGUUCCAUACAUAACAAGAAGCUGAGGUUUUUCUAGGGAACUCACGGCACUGCUCUACAACCUUCCCGAGAAACUGGAACUGGACGUAAAGCAAGCGUGAGCAUCAAGAGAGCGUGCAGCACAAUGCAUCAAGACCACAGCAGGACAGAUCAAGAGUGAGUUUGCGAAGCUCCGCCAGUUCCUGAGAGCGGAGGAGGAGGCCAGACUGGAAGCUCUGGAACAGGAGGAGAGCAAGAAGACCGGGUUACUGACUGAGAGGAUCAACCGCCUCACCGACGACAUGACUUCCCUCUCUGAGAGAAUCUCAGACAUACAGCACAGGAUGAAAACAGAUGAUGUCUCAUUCUUGCAGAUUCAUCUCACAUAUUUUAACAAUGUUCUAAGUUCACAGGAAAAACUGUUAAAUGUACUGAGGCUUUCUCAAAUAAUUAUGUUCUUUUUUUUACUGAGAUCCAUGUGUUUUUGUUUCCAAUAUACAAGGACUUGAAAGACGGUUAUGCAACAUUACAAUGAUCGUCAUAAGUCAAAUAUUUGAUCAGUCUCCAACAUCAUUGACACAAAAUGUGUGUACUGUAUGUAAUUUCAGUACACUGCAGGAUCCAGAGCCUUUAUCAGGGACACUGAUAGACGUGGCCCAACACCUGGGCAACCUGAGGUUCAAGGUCUGGGAGAAAAUGGUUGAAUACACCCCUGUGACCCUGGAUGUAAAUUCAGCCCACGCUGAUCUACUGAUCUCUGGGGUUCUCCUGCAGGCAUUCACAGCUGGGAGGUGGAGGUGGAGCCUAAGAAUGCCUGGACUCUGGGAGUGGCCAAAGAGGGUGUAGCCCGAAAAGGCAAUGUGAUGGUCAGCCCAGAGGUCGGGAUCUGGGCGAUGGGGAUGUGGAACGGGGAGCAGUAUAGCGCUGGAACUGUCCCCCUGGGUACCCCGUUGGUUCUGAAGAGGAAGCCCAAGAGGAUCAUGGUCAAGCUGGACUAUGAGAAAGGAGAGCUCUCUUUCUAUGACUCCAGUGACAUGUCACUCAUCUAUACGUUCGAACACGGGUUCACAGAGAGACUGUUCCCUUACUUCUCUCCCUGUCUCAACUCUGAUGGCACUAACUCUGGAGUGCUGAGGAUCUGCCCUGAGAAGGUGUCUGUGACUGUGGCACCUGAGCAUAUAACCUGGUGAUUCUAUUUCUUGAUCACAUACUGAAGUGUCUGUAUUGGUAAAGUCUGUCACAGUGACUCCUGUGUAUUGGUUUUGUCUGUCUAUUGUUUUGUAAAUUGAGGUGAACAGCCUCACCUCCAGUGGUGAUAUUGACGUCUGUGACACCAAUGUGUAUUUUGGAACUUUGUCUGGAGCAGAUCUAUUCUUUGCUGUUAAAGAAUUUACUGAGAACAAGUGUCAUGAUUGAAUUCCAUAAUUAUUGAUGUCAUGUUCCAUAAAAGUACAUAUUUCGUGUAUUUCCAUUCCAUGCCUCACCUGUUAAGUGGAGCAAAUCAACACCGAAACACUGGACUAGUUUGCCAGCAUUCCAGACAGCGUCAUCAGUCCCUAGCCCAGCCACCCUACGGUAGGUACACCAGCUCAGAACAAGAACACAUCUCUCCAUCAUGGCUGCCACCUGGACCCUGGAGGACGACAUGUCCUGCCCUGUGUGCUGCGAUGUUUUCACUGACCCUGUGGUGCUGGGCUGCAGCCACAGCUUCUGCAGGAGCUGCCUGGACAACUACUGGGACACUCAGGUCAUCAAAAAGUGCCCCGUCUGCCGCAAACAUUCCCUAACCGACGCUCCACCCAGUAACCUGGCUCUGAGGAACAUCGUGGAGACCUUUGCGAGGGAGAGGAGCCACAAUAACACCAAGCAGGUUGAGACGAGAGAGGGGGAGAAGGAGAGCCAGGGAAGGAGGGAGUCAGGAGGGAGGAGUGGGUUGGUACCGGAUGGGGAUGAAAGGUGCAGUCUCCAUGGGAAGAGGUUGUUGUUGUUCUGUGUGGAGGACCAGGAGGCUCUGUGUGCGGUGUGUCAGACCUCCAGGAGACACAGGACUCAUCAGCUCUGCCCUGUGGAUGAGGCUGCUCAGGAACUCAAGGAGGAAGUGAAAGCAUCUAUCAUCCCUCUGAGGAGGAAGUUGGAGACAUUCCAAAAGUUGAAGGAGGAUUGCAUGAAAACAGCAGAACACAUCAAGAGCCAGGCCAAGCAAGCAGAAAGGAAGAUAAGAGAUGAGUUUGUGGCGCUGCAUCAACUCCUGCGCCUGGAGGAAGUUGUCCGGUUGUCUGCCCUCUCUGAGGAGGUGGACAUGAAGACAGUUAUAAUGGCAGAGAAGAUUGAACACCUGGCCAAGAAGAUGACCUCCUUGACCAGCAACAUCAGAGAGAUAGAACAGGAUAUAGAGGCAAACGACCUUCCAUUUCUCCAGGCUUACAAGAACAACAAAGCAAGGGCCAACUGUACAUUGCAGGAUCCAGAGCCUGUAUCAAGGGCAUUGAUCGAUAUGGCCCAACAUCUGGGCAACCUAAGGUUCAAGAUCUGGGAGAAGAUGCAGGAGAAGGUGCAAUACACCCCAGUGACUCUGGACCCCAACACCGCGGCCCCCUGGUUAUCUCUCUCAGACGACCUGACCAGUGUGUGCGUCAGUGGAGAGAAGCCUCACGUCCCCAACAACCCAGAGCGCUGUGACACGUGUGUUUGCGUGCUGGGGGCCGACCCCUUCAGUUCCGGCAGUCACUGUUGGGAGGUGGAGGUGGCGGGUAAGACCAGAUGGGACCUGGGGGUCCUGAGAGAGAGUGUGCGUAGGAAAGGGGUCCUGAGUGUGAACCCUGCCCACGGGUUCUGGGCCCUGUCGCUGAGGGACGGCGGCCAGUACAGCGCCUGCACCAUGCCCUGGACCCGUCUCACUCUGAAGAGGAGGCCCAGGAGGGUCAGAGUGUGUCUGGACUAUGAUGCGGGAGAGGUGACUUUCUAUGACCCCACUGACAUGUCACUCAUCUAUACAUUCAGGGACAAGUUUAAAGAGCCAUUGUUGCCCUACCUCUGUCCCUGUGUGAGUGACAGCGGCCGCAAUGCUGAGCCACUAAAGAUAUGCCCUGCCAAAGUCUCAUUGGUUCAUGUUGGUGAUAAGGUUUUGUAGAUUACAAGAUGUAUUUUUUAGAGGAGACAUUGCUAAAGCAUCCAUAUGUCUCGCUAUCUAUUAUUAACACAAUGGAUGUAUAUUUUAUAUAUUGAUGUAUAUUUUAUAUAUUGAUGUAUAUUUUAUAUAUUGAUGUAUAUUUUAUAUAUGGAUGUAUAUGUGAACGGAACAAUUCUUGUCCUAUAUAAUAUCAUAAGUCAUAUUUUCUUGGUGUGUGUCAAAUGGCAAGAUAAACAAAAAAGGUGAUGAUUACUCAGCAUUUGAGUUAAUAUUCUGUAAGACUUGUUCUAAAUGCUUAUGAAUGAUCAUGCUUAUAAAUGUGUAUAAAUACAACAAUUAAAUACUUUUAUGUUCAUGAA